AUGUUCAAUGUGUAAAGGCACUGGGGAGUAUAUUAAUUUGUAUAUUGUUAAUGCUAAAUGGGUUUUGAUUUGGACUUGAUGGGUAAAAAGAAGAACCCCACCUGAAUAUCUAAACCGAAUCGAGCACACGAGAGUGCGUUCAUCCAGGAAUGGGGAGGAAACCUCUCUCGCCUGCCCGAGGGGAGGAGUCACCCUCUGCUCCGGUUUCCCACUCUCGCUGCCUGAAAUAAAACCCUUCUAAACCUUCAUCUCCAACUUUAAAACUAUCAUAAGGAAUUUACUAACGGGAAACUGUUAAAAGGACUCACUUUCCGAUGGUGACCCGGACCACUUUUGCGUUUUAUUUAGUAGGAAUUCUUUAUGAUGGAAACGUGUGUGGCGAGAAGCGCUCUCCGUGUGGUUUUCACGGUCUUUAUACUUGUCCUAAAUACUGUGAUUGCCGAAACUUUCUCUACAGACACGGACACCGAUAACCCGUUGAGUACCGAAACUUAUUUUACCCGAACAACUGGUUUAAAACAAACGUCCCCCUGGUCGGGAAGAGAGGCCACUGCUACCGCUGUGGAUCUACCGAGUGGACCGGAGGAGAUGACGGAUAUUCCCGCCAGUGUGUCCAUCACAGGGACGCGAGCGGGACAUUCAGAAAAACCUUUACUUAUCUCUACAAACACAGCAGCCCAGGCAGAUGAGUCCACUCAACAUCUGCGGUCUGACAAAGAGCUUACCCAUAACUCCACAGCCCAAUGGGAGGGUUCGUCAAUAGCAUCGCACAGCGUCACCAACCACCAGCCCGUGACAGAGACCCGAACAGUGCGAGAUGCGGACACCACCGACUCUUUCUCUCACACUGAUAUCACUUUCACUUCCACCACCAACCGAGUCGGAGAACGCACUCUGCUUUCGGUGAUCUCCAACAGCACCCCUGCUUACACGGAAGACUUCAACUCCUCUGUUGCUGGGAGCUUGGAGCAGAGGACAUCAGGAGUCACCCAAGACAAGGAGGAAACAGUGGAUGUAUCUACAGUGUCUGAUAAGACUGAGCCCACUUUUGAAGAUCAUAAUACCACCAAAGCAACUCAAAGCCACUCUUUGGAGACCGAACGGCCAACGUUGUCCCAAGGCACUGAGUCACAGACGGGACAACCUAGUGUCACAGGACAGACCUUUGAGCAAGUGUCUGAUAAUGACAAUCCAAAUUCAACAACCCCACUCACGGUGAUCAAUCGAGAUGCAGAGGAAACGGAUGUCACAUCGGUAAGCAGUGGGACGUCUCAUACGGAAACCGGUGACUCUGUUUCAUCUAUCCCACCCUUUACCUCCGGCGAACACACCAAUGCCACUAGCACAUCCCAACAGAGCCGCGAUUCCACAGUAUCUUAUUCAGUGGACACUGGUGCUUCCACUGAGUUUUCAACCAGAUCUGUCAGCUCCACUGGCCGUGGGGAACCCGACGGGUCUCCGACCCAUACAGUGGAGGAGACAACCAUUCGGGACCUGACUACUGCACCCCCAGUGCUUGAAGACGUAGCCACCACAGUUGAUUUCCUUUCUAGCCAACCGCCCUUCAUCUCCAAAACCGAUGAUCAGACAAACACGGAAGAGGUGUCAACAUCUGCCACACCAACAACUCAGAGGACACAGGUUACAGAGGAAGCCACAUCUACCGUCUACAGUUCUACCAACACAUUCACUACCAUGCCUCCUCCCGUCACCACUCGUCCGCUUCAACCAAGCACCACACAGCAAGCGCAAUCAGAACACACUACCAUUGUUACCACUGAAAUCGUUCAGGUGCUGCGGACGACACCCUCCACAACCUGGCUCCCGCCCACCUCCACUGUUAGUGUACCACGCACACCCAGCACGUCUGAUUCUGAUGACGUCACCACCUUGCAUAUAGAAACUAGCACGGCCACACCAGGGAACACCACUGCUCAUGGUGGACGUGCAACUACCCCUUACAGCAAAAGCACCCCGACCAGGACCACUGUGGUGGCAACCACCAGGAAUCAAACGGACAGGAGCACCACAGAGAUGGGAACCACAACCAUGCAGAUGCCAACAGCGUCAACAGGUCAUGUGUGUGAGCCUAACACCUGUGCAAAUGGAGGCCACUGUGUUCGAUCAGCCGAGGGAAGUUACCACUGUCAAUGUCUCCCUGCGUGGACCGGACCCUUCUGCACUAAAGAUGUGGAUGAGUGUGUGAAUAGUCCGUGCCCCCAGGGUUCAGUGUGUGUCAACAAAAGUGGCUCUUUCAGUUGUAAAUGUGCCCUGGGCUUUGACCUGGAGGAUGGCCGCAGUUGUACGCAAGUGAAGACAUUUUUGGGCAACUUCACCGUCAACAACUCCAUGCAACUGGGAAGUUCAGGUCUUCAUGAGCUCCACAGAGAGAUCCUACAACUGCUCAAUGCCUCUCUCUCCACCUUCCAUGGUUACAGACGCUCCACUUUAGAAAACAUAGAUGGAGAAGGUGUGCAGAUCUCAGUGGUGAGCAUGUUUUCACUCUCCUCCAAUGUGACCAGCUCGGAUGUCAACAACAGCAUCCAGAUGUCCCUGAGCAACUGCAGCCGGACGUACUCACUCUGUACCAUUAAGCUUCAGCACCAGCUCUCAUAUCACGUGGGGAGCCUGUGCUCGGCUCAGAAGACGUGUGAUUUGCAGUACUCCGUGUGCACAGACACUAGCGGGGUCCCAUACUGUCAGUGCCACCCAGGGUACUUUAAAAAGAACCCAGGGGACAUGACCUGCAGAGAUUGUGGAGAUGGACUCAAGCUUGUUAAUGGCAACUGUGUAGAGUGCAUGUUUGGAUUUGGAGGUUUCAACUGCAAUAAUUUCUAUAAGCUGAUAGCCGUGGUGGUCUCUCCUGCUGGAGGCGCUCUUCUAUUGAUUGUCGUCAUUGCUCUUAUAGUCACCUGCUGCAAAAAAGACAAAAACGACAUCAACAAAAUCAUCUUCAAAAGUGGAGACCUUCAGAUGUCGCCCUACGCAGAGUUUCCUAAGAGUAAUCGUGUGUCAAUGGAGUGGGGCCGAGAGACUAUUGAGAUGCAGGAGAACGGCAGCACCAAAAAUCUCCUGCAAAUGACAGACAUUUAUUACUCGCCUGCACUGAGGAAUGCUGACCUGGAGCGCAAUGGUCUGUAUCCGUUCUCCGGCCUCCCCGGUUCAAGGCAUUCCUGUAUCUACCCAGCGACGUGGAACCCUUCCUUCAUAAGCGAUGAUUCACGGCGAAGGGACUACUUCUGACGGCCUUAGCCAAAAGGCGUGCAAUUUUUAAUGGUGCAUAAGCUCUUUUGCCGUGGUUGGACCUGUUGGAAAUCCUGGAGCUGAAUACUGACCACUAAAGGCCUUUGAAUGUGAAAAUGAGCUGGCAGGAAAAGACCAUUAUCUGUGAGACUGAGAGAAAGCCACAGAGCCCUGUCAGGUCAAUUUAGCAUUUAAACACAGUGCCACAAUAAGGUUUUAGUUUCUGGUGAUGAGCUGAUGUUCUCAGCUCUCCUCAGAGUGUUUAUUCUUAAGUGGAUUCAGUGAAUUUAAACUAGACAAAUGAAGAAAAACACAUAAGAUGCCUUAAGUACAGUAGAACUUUUAUAUCAUAAAAGUUUGCACUAUGAACUUGUCACACAGAUAUUA